GCAGCCGGUGCCAUCAUAAUGGAGGGUUUCCUGGGCCUCGUGGGUGACCUGAACUUCUCUCAGGGCAAGAGCAGGGUGCAGCGGGGCAAGGGGGGCCCAUCGGCCCGCCGCAAGCGGGAGUUCAUGCCCGAUGAGAAGAAGGACACCACCUAUUGGGAGAAGCGACGGAAGAAUAAUGAAGCCGCCAAGAGGUCGCGGGAGAAGAGGCGGCUCAACGACGUCGCCAUGGAGAGCCGGCUGGCUGCCCUGCUCGAGGAGAACACGCUGCUCCGGGCUGAGCUGCUCACCUUGAAACUCCACUUUGGCCUGCUUAGCCCUGGGGCCUACCUCCAGCAGGCCCAGGCCAUCCAGGACCUGCUGCAGGGAGGCCAACCUUGGUCUGGCCCCCCCUUCCCCGAGGCAGAGACCCUCCCCCGGGACAGCUGCUUCUUCCAGCCCCGGCCGGGGCUGAUGGCAGAUGCAGCCGAGUGGGUCUACAGGGACGUUGCCCUGGCCCGAGGCUGCCUGGGCUCUGGCAAGCUGAUGGAUCUGGCCCCCCCAGGCCCCCCCCCGACACUGACUGCUUCCUCCCCAAAGGGUCUGGACUCUGCUUUUCACGCCUCCCGCCCCUCUGCUUACCUUAGCUCCCACUCCCUGGACAGGUGCCCCAGCCACAUUCCCUUGCUGGACAGUGCACACUGGUGGGGGGUGUGGCCUCCUGGGGGUCCCGGGCAGGGGAAGGGUGGUGGGAGACGGGCCUUAGAGGAUCAGCCCAGACAGCCGAUGUCCAAGGCCUGCCCUUUGCUUCUUCCUCCUGGAUCCCCCUGCCCCUCGGAGGCCGAGCCCAAGCUGCGGGCUCCCUCUGCCCUGCCCCACAAACUCAGGAUUAAGUCGAAAGCUCCUGGAGGCUGGGAGGACAAUCAGACAGACACCCUCUGA